AUGAGGGUUACCGUUGUGAUUCUUUGUCUUGUGGGUGCAGCCAUGGCCAACCCUAUAAUGUACAACACAACUAUGGACAGUAAAGUGAACCCAUUAUCAGGGAUCUCAUCCGUUUUGGACUCUCUGGAGCUAACAGGCAUGCCUGAGCUGAAGGCACACAAUUCGUCUGAAUCUGAGUCCUCAGAACAAAGCAACACAUCCGAGCUGAAGAGUAACUCUGUGUCGUCGUCGUCGUCAUCAUCAUCAUCAUCAUCAUCAGAAGUGAGCGUCUCUUCAGAGCAGCAGGCCCAGAGUGCAUCUGUGUCGGAUUCAUCCAGUCAAAGUGAGACUUCAGAGCAGUCGAGUUCUCAAGAAAACACAUCUGAGGACACAACUUCAGAAUCUUCCGAGUCAGAUGAAUCUAAAUCCAAUGGCUUAACAUCAGAUGAGAGUCCAAGUAAAUCCCUGGAAGACACGACAUCAGAGGAGAGUCGCUCCCUUGAAGACAAGUUUAAUUUAGUUGAGACUGGAGUCACCAGGGAUGACAGUAGAGGAAGCAAAGAGAACCUACGAAGGUUUUUCAAAGUUUAUGCUGUCAAAGCAACUGUUAUGGAUAGGCCUACUGAGUCACACCAAUCAGAGGAGAGCAACAGCAUCUCCAAUGAAAUCCUAGAAGCAACUGCAGGACCAAGUCAUUCCGUUGAAAGCAUAAGCAGCGAGGAUAGCAAAGCUAGCACGGGCCUUGAUCUGGGAAACAGCACAGAGGACAGUGCCAGUGUUGAGAGUAUGGAGAACAACAGCACAGAAAGUAUGGAGAACAACAGCGCUGAAAGCACGGAGAGCAACGAGGACAGUGAGGCUGCGGUCAGUCACGAGAGCCACGAGAGCAAAUCUACUGAGUGUUCCCCAGGAGGUGACCAGGACUGCGACAGUGACAGUGACAGUGAUGAGUCUAACAUGAGAGACAUUGGCGACGCUGGUGACCCUGAGCCCUUCGAUGGCCUCUUCAUGCCUUUCGACACACCAGGGGAGUUGAUGCUGCGAAGAUGACACAAUCUCUGUAGCCAUAUUAACCUUGUACUGUGUUGCACUUUUAUUUAAUUUGAAAACAGAAAUAGGCCUAUAUUUCUUUUCCUCCGCCCAUGUGUUAAGUACUAUUAUCUGACUGUUGAUAGAUCACUGAACUGAUUUUUGUGAUGUUUUAUUGAGUUAAUGUUAUUUCUGUGAUAUGUGCCAUGUAUCAAGUGAAUGUGUUUUAUAUGAAAUGGUAGGCUACUCUCUAUAUAUUAAAUUAAAUUAAAUUAGUUUGCACUGCAUUUUUGUAUGCCUUUGCUGUAAUUAAGUAUUUUUGUUAAUAGCAGAAACAUACCAUAUAGUAUCUUGUGACUGUGAGCCAUGUUAAUCAUCUGCUGACAGAGUAAUUAGAGAAGAGAAUGGAAUAAAGCUACUAUUAUGACUUGAA